GUUAUCUGUCAUGUCUGCUAUUGAAAGUACUUUCUCUUGUUUUGCUUUGGAGUUUUGACUGAAAAUAACAUAUUAAAGAACCAAAUUUAUGGAGUGAUCCAAGCGAAUUAAGUUUAGCCUAUCCUAUAUAUUUUGCGUAAAUAAAGUGAAAUUGAGACUGCAACAUGGUUAAGGAAAAAUUUAUCCAAGCUCUAGAUUUCUGAACAGGGAAAACAUGAAAUACAAGCGGCUCGGGUUGAUUGUGGCAUUUUGCUUUGUUAGUUGGCUUGUGCUUGCUUUGGUUAUCUUUAGUGAUAAUUUAACCAAAAAAAGUGAUGUUGAGACAAGAAAGGGUUCUCUUCUAAAAUACAUUCAGGAACUGGAACUGCAGAUCAGCCAGCAAGAGGAGACCUACAAAUUACUUGUCGACAAAUUAAAAAAUUUGACACCAGGGCAUGAAAAUGUUGUCCAGGCCAUGGAGCUUAAGCAUAUUUCUGACUACGAGCCAAAAACAUCUUUUUUAACCAUUAAACAAGAUGUGUUGCAAGAAAAAUCAGUCAUACUUCCAGUGCUCGUAUUUUCUUGUAACCGGCCGGACAUUCGCCGUAGUUUAGAUGGUUUACUUCAAUACCGACCAGAUGCCAAGAAGUUCCCUAUUAUAGUCAGCCAAGAUUGUGCUCACGGUGCUACUGCCAAGGUCAUUCGUUCCUAUAGUGAUGCAUCACAAGUGACCUACAUCCAGCAACCUGACCAAAGCGAACCGAUCGUUCCACAUGGAGAGGCAAAGUUCAAAGGGUACUUCAAAAUUGCACGACAUUACUUGUUUGGGUUGAAGCAGAUUUUCCGGACGUUUAAUUAUACUGCCGUUAUAAUCGUUGAAGAUGAUUUAGACGUAGCCCCUGAUUUCUUUUCGUAUUUCGCUUCGACCUAUCAGUUGUUGAAAAAUGAUCCUACACUGUGGUGUGUCUCAGCUUGGAAUGACAAUGGAAAAGCCAGUCUGGUGGAUGUGCAACAUGGAAGCGAACUUUUGUAUCGUAGUGACUUUUUCCCGGGAUUAGGUUGGAUGAUCACGAAACAGCUGUGGGACGAACUGGAACCGAAAUGGCCAAAAUCAUACUGGGAUGAUUGGAUGAGAAGACCGGAGCAGAGGAAAGAUCGGGCCUGCAUCCGACCUGAAAUAUCUCGUACCAGAACGUUCGGGAAAAUUGGUGUCAGCAAUGGCAUGUUUUUUGACAAACAUCUCAAAUACAUAAAGCUCAACGAAAUGCCCGUGGAUUUUUCCAUGCAAAAUUUGAGUCAUAUGGUACAAACCGCUUAUGAUGCUGACUAUAUCCGACACGUAUACAGCCUUCCCGUGGUAUCGGCUUCCGAUGUUCGCACUAACACGAAUUUACCAUUUGACGGUCCAGUCAGAAUCACCUACCACACCAAGGAUACCUUUAAAAAUGCAGCCAAAUUCUUGGGCUUGAUGGAUGACUUUAAGAGUGGCGUACCCCGAACGGGCUAUCACGGAAUUGUAUCCGUUUUCCUCAAUGGCCGUCGCGUUUAUCUGGCUCCUCAUUCCAAUUGGAAGGGAUAUGACCUUACCUGGAGUUGACAUGCCAACAAUAAAGAAAAAUAAUUCUGUUAAAAAUCAGAGAAAUUUAUUUGAUAAAGUAUACUUAUUUGCAAUUUGUGAGUGCAGUUGUUUUUGCGUGAUAAGAUUGCACUAAGUGAAAAUCAACUUUUAUGUUUUUUAUACUUCCAAAGAACACCCAUUUUAUUGGAUUACACGCGUGAGAAAUACACGUUUUUGCCUUUA